AUGUCUGCUGAGCCGGACCAUGUCGAGCACAAGAAGAAGGUCAACCUCAAUGAUGCUUCUGGUGCUGAGCACAAGGCAGCUGAUGACACGGCGACUGCGAUCCUAAAGAAGAAGAAGAAGCCAAAUUCGUUGAUGGUUACGGAUGCCGUUAAUGAUGACAACUCCGUUAUCGCCCUCUCGAACAAUACCAUGGAGACAUUACAGCUUUUCCGUGGAGAUACAGUCUUGGUUAAGGGAAAGAAGCGCAAGGACACAGUUCUCAUCGUCCUUGCUGAUGAUGAAUUGGAUGAUGGAAGUGCACGUAUGAACCGUGUGGUUAGACAUAACCUCCGCGUCAAGCACGGAGAUAUCAUAACUGUUCACGCAUGCCCUGACAUCAAAUAUGCCAAGCGCAUCGCAGUCCUUCCUAUUGCCGAUACCGUCGAGGGUCUCACCGGCUCCCUCUUUGAUGUUUUCCUCGCCCCAUAUUUCCGUGAAGCCUACCGACCUGUUCGACAAGGCGACCUUUUCACAGUCCGUGGUGGUAUGAGACAAGUUGAAUUCAAAGUUGUUGAGGUAGACCCCCCAGAGUACGGAAUCGUUGCUCAAGAUACCGUCAUUCACUGCGAAGGAGAACCGAUCCAGCGUGAGGACGAGGAGGGUAACCUCAACGAAGUUGGCUACGAUGAUAUUGGAGGAUGUCGGAAACAGAUGGCACAGAUCCGAGAGAUGGUUGAGCUUCCUUUGAGACAUCCUCAACUCUUCAAGUCCAUCGGUAUCAAGCCUCCCCGUGGUGUUCUCAUGUUCGGUCCCCCGGGUACCGGUAAGACACUCAUGGCUAGGGCUGUGGCAAAUGAGACUGGUGCAUUCUUCUUCCUGAUCAACGGUCCCGAAAUCAUGUCGAAGAUGGCUGGUGAGUCUGAAUCGAAUCUCCGAAAGGCAUUCGAGGAAGCGGAGAAGAAUUCCCCCGCCAUCAUUUUCAUCGAUGAGAUCGAUUCCAUCGCCCCCAAGCGUGACAAGACGAACGGAGAGGUUGAGCGCCGUGUCGUUUCGCAACUUCUUACCCUCAUGGACGGCAUGAAGUCUAGAUCAAAUGUCGUUGUCAUGGCUGCUACCAAUAGACCUAACUCUAUCGACCCUGCCCUUCGUCGUUUUGGCCGUUUCGAUCGUGAGGUUGAUAUCGGUAUUCCUGACCCAACUGGCCGUCUUGAGAUCCUCCAAAUCCACACCAAGAACAUGAAGUUGGGUGAGGAUGUCGAUCUCGAGCAAAUUGCAUCGGAGACCCACGGUUAUGUCGGUUCUGAUGUUGCGUCCCUCUGUUCUGAAGCCGCUAUGCAACAAAUUCGUGAGAAGAUGGAUCUCAUUGAUCUCGAUGAGGAUACUAUUGACGCCGAGGUUUUGGACUCUUUGGGUGUUACCAUGGAAAAUUUCCGCUUUGCCCUUGGUGUCUCCAACCCAUCUGCUCUUCGCGAGGUUGCAGUUGUCGAGACUCCCAACGUUCGCUGGGAUGAUAUUGGAGGACUCGAAGAUGUCAAGCGCGAGCUUAUCGAGAGCGUGCAGUACCCCGUCGACCACCCCGAGAAGUUCCUCAAGUUUGGUCUCUCUCCAUCCCGUGGUGUACUCUUCUAUGGUCCACCAGGUACUGGUAAGACUUUACUCGCCAAGGCAGUUGCCAAUGAGUGCUCGGCCAAUUUUAUUUCCAUCAAGGGUCCUGAGUUGUUGAGCAUGUGGUUCGGUGAGUCCGAGAGCAACAUUAGAGAUAUCUUCGACAAAGCUAGAGCCGCUGCUCCUUGUGUUGUGUUCUUGGAUGAAUUAGAUUCUAUUGCCAAGUCACGAGGUGGAUCAAAUGGAGAUGCUGGUGGCGCUUCAGAUCGUGUUGUCAACCAACUUUUGACUGAAAUGGACGGUAUGACAUCCAAGAAGAAUGUCUUCGUUAUUGGUGCCACCAACAGACCUGAGCAACUCGACAAUGCUCUUUGCAGACCUGGACGUCUUGACACCCUCGUCUACGUUCCUCUUCCCAACGAGUCAUCUCGUGCCGGUAUCCUCAAGGCGCAACUCCGAAAGACACCAGUUGCCGAUGAUGUCGACCUUGACUUCAUCGCUUCCCGCACCCACGGUUUCUCUGGUGCCGAUUUGGGCUUCAUCACUCAACGUGCGGUCAAGCUCGCCAUUAAGGAGGCCAUUUCCACCGACAUCGAGCGACGCAAGGCUCGUGAGGCUGCUGGUGAGGAUGUUGAUAUGGAGGAUGAUGAUGCUGAGGACCCAGUUCCUCAGCUUACCAAGGCUCAUUUCGAAGAGGCUAUGUCCUCUGCCAGACGAUCAGUCACUGACGUUGAAAUUCGCCGAUAUGAGGCCUUUUCUCAAAGCAUGAAGAACUCUGGACCCGGUGCUUUCUUCAAAUUCCCCGAGGCGGGCGAGACAGCAGCCGAGGCAGCUGGUGGAGCUGGUGGAUUUGGAGAGGCCGGAAAUGAUGAUAGUCUUUAUGACUAA